UCUCUCUCUCUCUUUCUCUCUCUGAGUGAGGGCAGGUUUUUCUCAGAGAGUCAAUGUCCAGUGCAAGCAGCACUUUGCUCUUUAAUGAACCUGUAAUGGAUGUAUGAUGGCUGGAUGAUGACUGCAUGCUGAACGUAUGAGGCUGUGUGACUGCUGUGUGAUAAACAUGACAUAGAUGUAAUGUAGAUGUUGUCCUGCACCGUGGGAUGUUGGUUCCCACCGUAAGGGAAAUCCUGCACGUGGGCUGAAUGCACCAGAAUAUGGGUGUAAAUCAGACACGCGAGUUGCCGGUGUUUGAUCAAGAUGAAGACGUGAACUUUGACCAUUUUCAGAUUCUCAGGGCUAUUGGAAAAGGGAGUUUCGGUAAGGUGUGUAUUGUGCAAAAGCGUGACACAAGGAAGCUGUAUGCGAUGAAGUACAUGAACAAACACGCGUGUGUGGAGCGUGACGAGGUGAGACACGUAUGCAGGGAGCUGCAGAUCCUGCAGGAGAUACAGCACCCGUUUCUUGUCAACCUGUGCCCUGCAGGAGUAAUUGGUCUUCUUUUUUUGGAACCAAGACAGAAUAAUACCAAGUACUCAUUCCAGGACGAAGAGGACAUGUCUAUGGUGGUGGAUUUGUUACUGGGUGGAGAUCUGCGCUACCACCUGCAGCAGAACGUCCAGUUUAAAGAGGAGACAGUAAAACUUUACAUGUGCGAGCUAGCAUUGGCACUCGACUACCUACAAUCCUGCCACAUCAUCCACCGUGAUAUAAAACCAGAUAACAUUCUGCUGGAUGAGCAUGGUCAUGUCCACAUCACAGACUUUAACGUUGCCACAUUACUUAAAGAUUCGGCAACGGCUUCAUCUAUGGCAGGAACCAAACCGUACAUGGCCCCGGAGAUGUUCCAGUCAUUUGUGGAUGGUGGUCCCGGUUACUCUUAUGCUGUGGACUGGUGGGCUUUGGGCAUUACGGCAUACGAACUCCUACGAGGAUGGAGGCCAUAUGAUAUCCACUCCAGCACAGCCGUUGAGGACAUUGUCAGCAUGUUUCGCAGUGAGCGUGUGCGAUACUCAACCUCUUGGUCUAAUGAAUUGGUGGCUCUGCUGCGCCUGCUGCUCAAUAAAGACCCAGAGAUCCGGCUGUCGUGUGUAUCGGACCUUCAGCGCCUUCCAUACCUGGUGGAUAUGAACUGGGAUGCUGUGCUUGAAAAAGGAGUUUCACCAGGAUUUACUCCUAAUAGGGGACGUCUGAACUGCGACCCAGUGUUUGAGUUAGAAGAAAUGAUCCUGGAGUCAAAGCCGCUGCACAAAAAGAAAAAACGUCUGUCCAAGAGCAAACACACAAACAAAUCAUCCAGCACACUGCCACCCCAUAUGCAGCAGCGUCUAGAAACGGUCAGAAAAGAGUUCAUCAUAUUCAACAGAGACAAGUUACAGACUGACAGUGCAAAGAAAGUAUCCUCCCUAAAAAGACAAGACAAAUUGCAGGAAGGACACGGCAACACCGACAGCACGCACACUGUCAAAGCUAAAACGUAAUCACACACACGUUGAAAACACUGGGUCCAAAUUCACACUGAACACCAUGACCCCAUUCUACAUCAACAUACACACACACGGAGCAGUACACACAGCACAAAACCAGACCCUUUGCCUUAUUACAAUGACUGCCUAUGUGUGUGUUUUUAUUAAAAAAAAAAAGACAACCGUUGCAAUUCAGCAGACGAAUUAGCAUUAGCAACUAUAAGCAUGAGCACCAGUGGAUAAGUCCUAAAGCAUUUCAUCUGAUUAUGCAGUUCAUGUCUCUGUUACUGUGUAAACUACAUGUUUCUAAUAAAUAUCAAUAUGGAUGUAAAAUAGCA